AUGGACGCCGGCGAUGACUGGCGCGCCCAGCUCCAGCCCGCGGCGCGCGGCAGGAUCGUGAACAAGAUAGUACUGACUCUGAGGAAGCAUCUGCCGGUAUCAGUGGCAGAGGGGCUGGUUGAGCUUCAAAGAAUUGCCGUGCGAUUUGAAGACAAGGUGUAUGCCGCAGCCACUAGCCAGAGUGAUUACUUACGGAAGAUUUCUCUCAAAAUGCUGUCAAUGGAGAGUUCCGCAAAUACACAACAGAACCCUGGUCCAGGUAGUAGCAGCAAAGGGAAGAAGCAAAAGAAGUUGAGAUGCCAUUUCUGCAAAAAAGGUGGCCAUUUUAAGAAGGAUUGCUUGAAGAGAAAAAUAUGGUUUGAAAAAAAAGGAGUUGCUUAUGAUCCAACCCAUAAGCGGACUAAAGCACAUGAGAAUAAAAAUGAAGGCACUGUAUUGAAGGGAUCAGGACUCGCAGAGUAA